AUGGCGGUACUCGGCGCCAGCGGUUCUGGAAAGUCAACACUGAUCGACGCGCUGGCGAACCGAAUCGCCAAGGGAAGUCUAAAAGGCACGGUGGCGCUGAACGGCGAAACGCUGGAAUCGCGUCUACUGAAGGUGAUCUCUGCGUACGUGAUGCAAGACGACCUGCUCUUCCCGAUGCUCACCGUGGAAGAGACUUUGAUGUUCGCAGCGGAAUUCAGACUUCCGCGCACGCUCUCCAAGUCGAAGAAAAACGCCCGCGUCCAGGCUCUCAUCGAGCAGCUAGGUCUUCGGAACGCCGCGAAAACAGUUAUCGACGACGAAGGUCACCGCGGAGUAUCAGGCGGAGAGCGUCAGAGAGUUUCCAUCGGCAUCGACAUUAUCCACGACCCUAUCCUGCUGUUCCUGGACGAGCCAACCUCGAGACUUGACUCCACCAGCGCGUUCUUGGUGGUGAAGGUUUUGCAGAGAAUCGCACAGAGCAGAAGCAUCGUGAUCAUGUCCAUUCACCAACCGAGUUACCGAAUCCUAGGGCUUCUGGACCGCAUGAUCUUCUUAUCAUGGGGCCAAACCGUUUACAGCGGUUCACCGUCGCAGUUACCGGUUUUCUUCUCCGAGUUCGGUCAUCCGAUUCCGGAAACCGACAACAAAACGGAAUUCGCGUUGGACCUGAUUCGCGAACUGGAAGGCUCCCCCGGCGGAACGAAGAGCUUGGUCGAGUUCAACAAAUCGUGGCAGAGCAUGACGAAGCACCAUCAAACGACAACUGAGGCGGAACGGAACGGGUUAUCGUUGAAGGAAGCAAUAAGCGAGAGCAUUUCGCGAGGGAAACUGGUUUCUGGAGCCACGAACACGAACCCGAACCCGUCGUCGAUGGUGCCAACUUUUGCGAAUCCGUUUUGGAUUGAGAUGGCGACGCAGUCGAAGCGGUCGUUCUUGAACCCUAACACCACGUAA